UUUGUUGCCUGGGCAAGUAGCCAAAAAUGUUGAAACAACUACACGAGAGCUUCCAUUUAUAGAUUUACACAAAGUCACAGAAUACACAUUUUGUUCAAUCGAUCAUUUUCAGUUAUGGUUCCACGCUCGUACAAAUUUUCAACCACAGUUUGUUUGAUUCAGUCUAGUUUAUGUGGAGAAGAAAAGGUAACGCACUUUUGGGGAUAAAAAACGUUAAGUUUUGACCUAAACGAUUGCGUUACGAGCCCGUGUAUAAUGUGAUAGCUCCCAGUGGCAACAAGCAGAUCAUUCCUACGAGAUCGCGUGCAUUUCUAUCCAGUGGACGCUCGACUUUGGUGAGUAGCGUAGCAAAUGGAUCCCUCUACUUUUGGCAGGUGCGGAUCCAUACCGGUUUCCAUCGUUUUCGCCAAUCGGUGAAAUUUCUCAGAAUGAUUCAGAAACCCAAGAAAGGGAACUUAAGGGAGUUAAAAUCCAAAACAUUUCCUGAAAGAGCAUGGCCCCGGACUAAAUGCUUUUGCCUUCGGCACUCGUUCUUGCCGAACUCCUGUAGAUCCGCGCCUGUUUCGCAAUGGCACUAACCACGGACCAGGUUUUCGAGAAGAUUGGCAGCUUUGGACGCUACCAAAUCGUCCUCAACAUAUUUUUUAACUUGUGUUUCGGAUUGUGGUGGGGCGUUCCAAUUAUGGUUAUGGUUUUUAUUGCGUCCGAGCCCAGCUGGAAGUGUAAAAAUAACUCCACUUGCCCCUUCACGAAAAGAAUUAGCAUCAGAGACGUCGACGAUUACAAAUUCAGAUGUAAAAUUCCCAGGGAAGAUUGGGAGUACGUUGAUGACUUCACUUCAGUUGUCACUGAGUUUGACCUUUUCUGUGACCGAGGUUCGCUGGGAUUCGUCUCAACGUCUGUGUUUUUCGUGGGGUUCUUUGUUGGCAGUAUUGUUGUGAGUCCGCUCUCUGACAAGUUUGGCAGGAAACGCCCACUCUUCAUAUGUGGAUUUUUCUGCUGGUUAUUUAGUUUUGUUUCCGCUUUCGCUCCAGCAUUUUGGUUUUUUGCUCUUUGUCGCGCCAUCGUGGGUUUUAUGGUUGGAGCUUACCAUAUCGCAGUGUUCGUGUUGGCAACAGAGUUUUCUGGAAUACGCCAUCGGGGUAUCGCGGGAGCUCUUGUUUGGCUUGGGAUUCCUUUGGCAACCAUAGUUUUAUCAGGGUGUGCACAUGCCAUCAGAGAAUGGAGACUGCUCACCAUUGUCACUGGAGCUCCUGGGAUUCUACUUGUAGCCGGCUACUUUCUUACCCCAGAGUCUGUACGCUGGUUGUUAAAGAAAGGUCGAGUGUCUGAAGCAAGAGACGUUCUUAGAAAAGUGGCCAGGCUGAAUGGCAAAGAAAUGCCGGACGAAGCACUGCUAUUACCCAACGAUGAGAAGGUGGAAAGGCUUGGUGAUCUUCGUGACUUAUUUAUUUCGGCCAAAAUGACUCACAAGACGCUUGCUUCCUGGUUAAUGUGGUUUGCUGUCUCUUUUAUAUACUGGGGCAUAUCCUUCACUGCACCGUUCCUUGGCGGUAAUAUCUACAUCAAUGUAUUGAUUUCCGCCGUAGCUGGUUUGCCAGGAUAUCCUGCGAGUGCUGUUUUGACAGCAAGGUUUGCUCGAAAGAAAAUCUUAGUAGUAUCGUUUAUUCUAUCCUCCGUGGGAGCGAUUGGUGCACUUCUAUUAUCAGUUAAAGAUGAUGACAAAGGUUACUUUGCUGGGAAAAUUUUCAUGUCCAUGUUCCUGGCAAAGAGUUCUGCGGUUGUUGCAUUUACUUUGGUGUACGUUUUUACUGCCGAGAUGUUCCCGACGACUAUAAGGAACGUUGCCAUGGGUACAGCCACAGCCUCCGCCCGCUUAAGUGCUUCUGCUUCUGCGUAUGCUCCUCUCUUGUUUUCCGUCAAUCCUUAUCUUCCAUUUGGGAUCAUGGGUGGCCUAGCAUUGUCCGCUGCUGUUGUGUGUAUAACUUUACCAGAGACACUCAACCAACCAACAAUGGAAAAUUUGUUUCAGAGAGGAACAUUAGAGCAAGGCGCAGGAGAUGAUGCACAGGCUACUGUGCUAUGAGAUAGAUUCAAAGAUCAAUCUGUUUUCAGACGGAAGGGAUUUUUACUAUCUUAAAGUUUUUUUGGGUUGAAUAGAUUUUCAAGAAAUGUAUUUUGGCUGUCACUGUAAACAAUGCUGUAUCACUAAGCUGUAGCUAUAGAGAAAAUGUUAAGGUCAUCAAUACUUUAAUUGCAACGACAACGUAAUCUGUGCUGUCGUUUAUGUGCACAUAUUCAUACUAAACCCUCCUCCGAUCCCCUCGAACGAAGGAGACUUUGCUCGCCUGGUAGCAUCGAAGCUUUCAUGAAAGUGUGUAAUAUCAGUUCAAUUGGCCUUUCUUCACCACUUCUAUUGUGAUGAAACAACACUACCAUUCCAUUCUUUUUCAGCUAGCUGAUUAUACAAUAACAGUAGCAUUAAACGACUGAUAUCCAAACGUUAGUAAACAGGUUGAAGAAUAAUGUUCUUGACACUACAAUUUACAAUACUAGUUUACCUAUUAAAUGGUACAAAAUGCUGCCGAAGGGAAGGAGGAUGCAAGGGGUGUCAAUGCAGAGCAGGAUUGUUCCCAUACAGAACUCAGGAUUGUCGGUAACAAUAACAAACUGGUUUAUUUAACUUUUCGGAUUACAGCACACAGCAGCAGUAACUCACGUUCUUAUACAAGAACACCUGGAGAUUCCAGAAAGUAUGUUGCAAGGUUUCUAAAUUCGAAUAUUACAUGAGAAAUAGAUCAUUCCAGAAGGUUGUGGGUCACGACCGAAUGACUUCCGGUUCGAGAUUUUUACUAACAAUAAGCCGUAAUUUUUGCGAAGGACUGGAAUGAAGUAUAUCCACAAUUUUCUUUCUCUCGUGUGAUUUCCAAAAUGUUGGGUAAAGUUGUGCAGAUAAAAAAUAUAAACGGUACAGGUAAAAUCUGUGAUUUUUCAAAAUAAUACUACUAAACAACAAUUUUUUUUUUAAUUACGAAACAACACUUGAUGAUGAGAGGGAACUCUGCUUCAAACUGUAAAACAGAUGCCUGGUUAAAAAUCAAAACUUUGCUUGCUGUUGUGGCAAUUUAGACAAUUAAACAUCAUCAAUAGCAGAAUGUAACGUUGAACAUUAAGAUUACAAAAUUUGAAAACUGA